AAACAAGCAAGUUCCUGCAUUGUUACUGGGAGUUUAAGACAAAGAAAUUGGAAAUCAAAAUAAUAAUUUGGAUUAAGAGUCUUUGCAAUGUUCAAAGCGGCAAUACAAAUUCUAAGGAAACACCAUCCUCGAAAGGAACUUACUUGUGAUCCCUGCUGGGGAAAAAGAAAAGAAAACCAGGAAGUGAUUGGAAUGCUUUUGCAGCUUUCCGGAGGUGCCCGGCUGCUUUACAGCUCUGCAAGGUGUAAAGUACAGAAAAUCCUGUACAAACAAGAACCCAAUAUGGCAUCUUGCAUGAGGAGCUUAUUGUCCGACCACAGCAGAUACGGUGAAUCUUUUCGGAGGUUUCUAAAUAAUUCCACCGAACACCAGUGCAUGCAAGAAUUCAUCGAUAAGAAGCUUCCAGGCAUAAUAGCAAGGAUUGGAGAAACAAAAGCAGAAAUUAAGAUUCUGAGUGUAGGUGGAGGUGCAGGUGAAAUUGACCUUCAAAUUCUCUCCAAAGUCCAGGCUCAAUACCCAGGAAUCUGUAUUAACAAUGAAGUUGUCGAGCCAAGUGCUGAACAAAUUGUCAAGUACAAAGAGCUUGUAGCCAAGACAUCAAACAUGGAGAACAUAAAAUUUUCUUGGCACAAGGAGACAUCAUCUGAAUAUCAAAAACGUAUGCUGGAAGAAGAAGAGCCUCCAAAGUGGGACUUUAUUCAUAUGAUUCAGAUGCUGUAUUAUGUAAAGGAUAUUCCAGCCACUCUGAAAUUCUUCCAUGGUCUUUUAGCUGCUAAUGCUAAAAUUCUCAUUAUUCUUGUAUCAGGAACUAGUGGCUGGGAAAAGCUAUGGAAAAAAUAUGGAUCUCGCCUACCCAGGGAUGACCUCUGCCAGUAUGUCACAUCUUCUGAUCUUGCUCAGAUACUGGAUGACCUGGGUAUUAAGUAUGAAUGUUAUGACCUUUUGUCCACCAUGGACAUAACAGACUGUUUUAUUGAUGGUAAUGAAAAUGGAGAGCUGCUUUGGGAUUUUUUGACAGAAACCUGCAACUUUAGCAAAACAGCACCACUGGAUCUCAAAGCAGAAAUUAUGGAAGAUCUUCAAGAGCCUGAAUUCAGUGUUAAGAAAGAGGGGAAGGUACUUUUUAACAAUAAUCUGAGUUUUAUAGUGGUUGAGGCAAAUGUAUAAGUCAUAAGAUAUUCAGAGCUCAUAUUUUGACCAAAUGCUGAUUUAUUUAAAUAUCAAAUACAUAUUAUUUAAGUAUUGAAGUUAAAAUUAAUCUCACAAUAGGAUGCAAUAUUAUCUCUCAUAAAUGAAAUCUACAAAUUUCCAAGACAACUUAGGCUUUCUUAAUAACCAUGUGGGCCAAUUCUGGUUGUGAUCUUGAAAGAAAAUACUCAGUCUAAAUACUGCCUAACUGGAAACAUGUGACUUGAGUUUCAUUAGCUUAUUGAUAAUAAAGUUCUUUGCAUUUUCUUAGUGUCCUGGAAAUUGUUAGAAUAGUAAUAAAAUAUGUGCCAUCCACUCUUUGAGUAAGGUGAUAUUUGUUGAUUCACUGAUGACAAGACUAUUUUUUUUACCUGUACAGAGUGUUUAUCUUCCCACUUUCUUCUAUAGUAGUUUCUAUCAUAUGCUUUAUUAAUAGCAUCAUAAAACCAGGGGCUGGUGGGAUGGCUCUUACACAGGUCCUGUCAGGGUUCAGUUUGGAACAUGCAUGUGCUACACCUUAUAACCAUUUGUGACUUCAGCUCUAGGUCAUCUGAUGUCAUAUACUGGCCUCUCUGGGAAUCAACACUUAUGUGUACAUGCCCUAUCCCACUUACAUAAUGAAACUAAAUAAAUAUUUAAAAGGAUUAUUA